AUGGAUGUAUUCUCUGGUAUUGCCGGCACUGUCGGGCUGAUAGAUGUGCUCUGGAAAGUAUCCCACUAUCUGAGCAAUGUACGGAGUGCCUCAAAAACUAUCCAGAAAGACAUAGGUUCCCUAGAGGACGAGAUUCUUUUACUGAUAACGAUUAACGACACCAUCAAGAACUUGGAACCAACCGACGGAGUAGGUUUACAAGGAUCCCAGUCUGCCAAAGUGAGAGAGAUAUGGGACAACAUUAAAAGUACUCAAAAGGCCUGCGAGAAGACACUCUUGAGAUUGGAAGGCAAGCUCCGGUUCAUCAUUGAUGGGAAGGGCGAGGCAUCAAAAGGGGCCUCCUCUAGUGGUUCAGAGAAACUCGGAAGGUGUGAUACGGGCAUUGAUGAUGCAGAGAACGACCAAAGUGGCAGCGAGAAAGAAAGUCGAUCUUUCCAUUCCCCAGGCUCUGUUGCACCGGAAUCAGGCAAGCAAACCAUAUUGCAAGGUAUCAAACGAACAUUACGAAAACAAAGUCUUGAUCCUGAGAUCGCGAAGAUCCAACGUCAACUUCAAACUUAUCAGAUUAUCUUGUCGGCUAUGCUAACUGCCUUAAAUAUAAUAAGCACACAAGAUGGUCACCAAGAAAAUGGCAUGGCCAUUCGAAGUCUCUCGGAGAAAGAGGAUAGUAACCACCUUGCGUUGCAAGACCAGCUCAAGCAGCUGAUAGCCACAGCUAGAGAGGACCAUAGUACUGAACUUCAAGUGGCUAUGGCUACCAUCACCAAGAUGUCCAAGGGAACUCUGAAUAGGCACUUCUCGGUGCCCAAGCCUGUGGGCAGUUCCUACACCGGUCGUACUGCGUAUCUACAAGAACUGGCCAGCACGAUAGAGCAUAAUACCUCUCCCCAACAAUACUCCACACAAAAGCGGUUUGUGGUAGAAGGAUUAGGUGGCUCUGGGAAGACCCAGUUUUGCUGCAGGUUUGCAGAACUAAAUCGCGAGAAAUUCUGGGGUAUCUUCUUCAUUAAUGGGUCAUCACGCGAGACGGCAAAACAAAGCUUUAAGAGCAUCGCCGAAAGAGGAGGCGUGGCAGACAACGAGCGUGCUGCGAAAGACUGGCUUUCGAGCUUAAGCAUGGACCAACCAUGGUUGCUGAUCAUUGAUAAUGUAGACGAUCCUGACCUGGAAAUUGACGAGUUUUUCCCUGGAGGUGAACGAGGUUUCAUACUGAUCACGACUCGUGUGCGUGAGAACAUUAAACACGGUACCAUUGGCCGAAAGUGGUUCACUUUCAAUGAACUGGAGAAAGAGUCUGCCAUCGAGCUUUUGCUCAGGCGCGCGCGGGUGAAGGAGCCGUGGUCCGAAUCAACAAAAGCUUUGGCAGAUACAAUCGCGAAAGCGCUAGGUUAUCUACCGCUGUGUCUUGUCCAUGCCGCAACUGCUAUCUCGAAAGGCCUUUGCAAACUCCAUGAGUACUUGGGAUGCUUCCAGGAUGCUGUGGUAAGGUUGCGCAAAUAUUCAAAGAAGAAACAGCCAGCAGCAAGCGAUAAGACGAUAGACGUUUACCUCGGAGUGUACUCCUCGUAUGAAGUCCUCUACUCGAAGCUGGAGAAGACUCCGUCUGAAGAAAAUCAAGAUGCCAUUGAGCUUCUCAAAAUAUUUGCUUUCUUCGACCGCCAGAAUAUACGAUUUGAUAUGUUGAUAGCUGCUGCUGAAAAUCCAGGUUUAGAGGCAAAAGCCGAGAAGCAGGCGAGGAUGGGAAAGAAGGAGAAAGGGAUUAGGGACUCUUGGACUAUCUUCUUUCGAGAGCUGAUUUUUGCAUUGCGAACAGAAAUCUUAAAGGACCGCAGUUAUCCGGUACUGCCUGCGAUGCUACGAUUCGUCACGCAAAAUACUGACGAUGGCACGGCAGUCGAAACUUUUAGGAACCGGCUCCGGAUGGCUCUACUGGUGCUGCAACAAUGGUCAUUGGCAACACACGAUGAAGACCGCGAUAGCUACUCGAUACAUCCUCUCAUUCAUGAUUGGGUAAGGUCGAGGCCACAGAUGACCUUGGGAGAACAGGCAGCCUGGUCUCAAGCAGCAGCCAACACUCUUGAACAGUCGAUCAUACUACCAAUCAAUGGAAUAACAACCCCGAAGGAUGCAGACUUGCAAAGGAGUUCUUUGCUCCAUCUCAUUUAUCUUCGCGCUCGCAGACGCGAAAUGUUAGCUACGAUCGACAGUAAUGUCAAAUCACGGCGACUACCACGCAGCUUGCUCCCAGUCAUUACGUCAAAGCCCGACACUAUCGUCACUGAUCGGUCUCAAGCAAAGCAGUCAGCAAAAUUUAGCUACAUAUAUUUCCUCUGCGGUCGGUACAGGGAAGCACAGGUUCUUCAGGAAGCUGUAAGGGAUUACCUAGUACCCAACUUGGGCUUAGAGCACAGCCUAUCGAUGCGGGUUUCCCGCUUCUUAGCAACAACAUACUGGCUUGGCGGUGGUCGUUUCAAUGACGCAGCUGCAUUAACGGAGAAAAUACUUGACGCUGCAAUUAGGGAGCUUGGUGCCAUGAACGAGAUGACGCUAAGCCUCAUGGAUGAGCUAGGAGGGAUACGAAAUUUUCAAGGCCGCUUUCCCGAAGCCAAAGAACUUUUGUAA